AUGAAUAUGACUAAAUUGAAAGAGUCACCGCGUAAACUUCCGCCAUUCUCGCUUGAAGGCAAAUAUCCUACCAACUUUGAACGAGCGCUUUAUCAACUCAAAAAUGCUGUUUACAAUCGNAGCAAUGCAAUGGUUUUGGAUGGCAUGCAAAAGAUUUUCAUAUCGCUCAUUGCAGCUUACACACUCGUUUAUGUGAUUCGUUUCAUUCUGAAACGAACCUACUUCAGUUAUAAAGGAUUUCUUUUCGAAGAUAAACGCAAUCCAUCAUUUAAAACAAAACUCUGGGCGAUAUGCCACAAACUUCUCAGUUACACUUCACCAACACUGUGCACCAACGAUUCACUCUUGCCCAAUUUGCCAGUCCCAAAACUGAGCGAUACAAUAGCUCGGUAUUUGGAGAGCGUUGAAGGGAUUCUUUCAAAAGUUCGUUUACAUGAUUCUUCAUACACAUUCACACACAUACAGCAGCCAAUAUCCGAUACACAUUACUGA